UCGCGUCGUUUGGAUGAGGGAGGAGAAAAACCAAGCGAACCCAGCGGAAUUCGUUGGGCAGCGGGUGCGGGAGCAGUAGAGGAGGAGAGGUAGAUGGAUUGAGCAAUCAAGCCCUGCUCCGGCCGCCGCCGCCGCCGCCGCCGCUGCCGCCGGGCGAUCCCCUUACCCUCGCUCUGUGCACCCGCACCCCGCACUUACCCCCUCCAUGGUGAGAGCGGAGAGGAUUUCGUUGUUUCACUCCCGCCGCUUCUUUGCAUCUGGCGCUACAAUUCUUGUUUGGCGUGAUCCGAUGAUAGCAACGAGAGCGGUGCUUCCCCUCUCCCUGACGGCGUCGGCCUCCGGCCUGUACGGCGCGCGCACCAAGAAGAGGAGGAAGCUGCUGCUGCUGCCGCGGCUGCCAUGUCGCCCAAUCUGGAGAGCCACAUCAAGAGCCAGGUGCCGGCGCUGCUGCUGAGGCGCUUCUUCGGCGGGGCGGGGCGGCGGCGGGUGUUCGUGCAGACGGAGACUGGGUGCGUGCUGGGCAUGGACCUCGACCGCAGCGACAACGCGCACACGGUGAAGCGCCGGCUGCAGCUCGCGCUCAACGUGCCCACCGGCGAGACCUCGCUCACCUUCGGCGACCGCGUCCUGGAGAAUGACCUCUCCUUCAUCCGCCCGGACUCGCCGCUGCUGCUCACCCGCAACAGCAUCAACCGGAGCUGCUCCACGCCCUGCCUCUGCCCGGUGUCCAAGGACUUCGAGCACAAGGAUCGCAGCGGCCUGGUCGAGAUGCUCGGCUGCUCGAUCAGCUGCGCCCGCGUGAAGCGCCUCGUCGACGACGUGGUCACCGCCAUCAGGAGCGGCGUGGAUCCGGUCCCCAUUGGCAGUGGGCUUGGUGGCUCCUACUACUUCAGGAACAUCUCCGGCGACAGGGUUGCCAUCGUGAAGCCGACGGAUGAGGAGCCUUUUGCACCCAACAACCCGAAGGGGUUCGUCGGGAGAGCGCUUGGGCAGCCGGGACUGAAGAAAUCUGUCAGGGUGGGAGAGACAGGGUUCAGGGAGGUGGCGGCGUACCUGUUGGAUCAUGAUAACUUCGCAAAUGUUCCUCCGACGGCGUUGGUGAAGAUCACACACUCAAUUUUCCAUAUCAAUUGUCCGGUGAACGGCGGCAGUCCAGCUCAUGAUCAGAAGCAGCAGGUUUCCAGCAAGAUCGCUUCGUUUCAGCAGUUCAUCGCGCAUGACUUCGAUGCCAGUGAUCAUGGCACGUCGAGCUUCCCGGUUGCUGCUGUUCAUAGGAUCGGCAUACUGGAUAUCAGAAUUUUCAACACUGACAGGCAUGCUGGUAAUGUGCUGGUGAGGAAGCUUGAUGGUGGCACCGGUCGCUUUGGUUGUCAGACGGAAUUGUUUCCAAUUGAUCAUGGCCUGUGCUUGCCAGAGAAUUUGGAGGACCCUUAUUUCGAGUGGAUCCACUGGGCUCAGUCAUCAAUCCCAUUCUCUGAAGAGGAGCUCGAGUACAUUAAGAAUCUUGAUCCAAUGAGGGAUGUGGCAAUGCUGCGUAGGGAGCUUCCUAUAAUCCGCGAGGCCUGCCUUCGUGUCCUGGUGCUGUGCACAAUCUUCCUUAAGGAGGCUGCUGCUUCUGGUCUUUGCUUGGCAGAGAUAGGUGAGAUGAUGACCAGGGAGUUCAGAGGGUUGGAGGAGGAACCGAGCAAGCUGGAGGUUGUCUGCAUGGAAGCUAGGAGAAAAUUAGCUGAGUGGGAACCAUACUCACCUGUCAUCGAACAAGGGGAGGACAUGGAUUUCCAAUUCUCACUGGACAUGUUAGGAGAGUACAAUGAUGUGAUUAGGUCACCAAGAUUCAAUGGCUUAGGAGCAAAGGGGAAUGGUUUCAGAAACCCUCUUUCAAAGCUUGUGGAGAGCAUCGAUGAGGACAAUGAUGAUGAUGAUGGCCGAAGUGAAUCUUCCAAGCGUUCAUCGGAGCGUGUCCAUUCUGGAGGGUUGAAGUUCCCCAGUGCUGAUAAAUCCAGCGGUUCUAACGGCAGUGUGCAUGCUCUGAACAGGAGUGCAGACGAACAGCUUCCAUCAAGUGUAUACUUCGUCAGGCUGUCGGACAUGAAUGCAGAAGAGUGGAAUAUAUUCCUUGAGAAGUUCCAGGAGCUGCUGAAAGAAGCUCUGCAGGAGCGUGCGGCGGCUGCAGGGCAGCGGAUGAAGCAGCGGCUGGGCACUUCCUGCAAGUUUUGAGUAGGACCAUAGAGCAGCAGAGAAGAAAAAUAAUGUAAUGCUUGCUACUUGUGUUGCUUAUUAUGGAGUGAGUACAGGAAGGGAUAUAUGCUCAUGUGAGAAAUGCCUACAGCUUUGUGCAAUGUUGCCAUGUAAACUUGUUAUGUUCAGGUAGACAAGAUCAGGAUGGUGAUGGGUGUGGAGAAGGGCUAUUAUGCAUGUUGAUUAACUAUGUUAAACAGGUGCUUCUUAAUAAAUGCUUGUCAGCUUGUGUAUAUUGUGUUAGAUGCCAAAUAUGUCAAUGGUGUUUUUCAUAGCUGUUGGUGAA